CCUCCUUCCUCCGUCUCCAUCGACGUGCAAUUCGCCCCUUCUUCCAUAUGCAUAAACUGAUAAACCUCAGUUCGAUAGAGUAGCUUUUUAUGCCUAUGGGAAGACAUAAAUAAGCAGAAUGCCAUCAAAACGCUCUAGUCCAGCAGAUGAAGAUGACUCCAGGCCUGUUCGUACAAGUGACAGGCUCAGGAGAAAACCAAAACCAUAUGUCAAUGGUCGUCAAUUUUUGUAUUAUAUGGAACCUCGGAGAACAAAGACAAAAAGAAAGAUGCCAGCUUCUCAUAUUGCAAAAAUAUUCAGUAAUCGGCCAGUACGGAAAUCCAAGACAAAACCAGUUGUGGCCGAUCUUCGUCGCUCUACUAGAAAGAGGAGGAUUUCUGUAAACCUCGAAGAUUAUACAGAUAGUUCUGGAACAGAGGACAAUGACCUUAUGAGCCCCAAAUAUGGACGUCCCACGAACCAAAUUGAUAAUAACAGUGCAACUCAAGAUGAACUAACACCUCGACGUGCUGGGCUGCGCCCUCGCCGUGCAGGAUUACAAUCUCGUCGUCCAACACCAGUUGCUAAAAAAACAUUGAAGUUAGAGUCUGAUGAUGAUCAGGGCUCUUCUGAGGAGAAGGUGGGCCAAGACGAGCCGGAUAAUGGCAAUGACGCAGAGGGUAAUGAUGCUGAGGAUGAGGGCGAUGGAGAUGAAGAUGGUGAAGAUGAGGAUGGUGAUGACGAGGAGGGUGAAGAACAGGAGGGCAGAAGGCGGUAUGACCUCCGCAAUCGUGCUGACGUUCGGAGAUCCAUUGAGGAGGGGAGUAGUAAACAAAGACCACGGUCUCCUCGUAGGGUACUUCAGCAAGGAAUGGGAAGUAAUAAGGUGAACAGAGAUGUAAGAAAAGGAGGACACCGAGUUCAUAAGCGUCACAGAAUGACACGAGCUGAUGACUCUGAUGAUUCUCUUCUUGUGGAUGAGUUGGACCAAGGUCCUCACUUGCCUUGGGGGGGUAGUAGAACGGGCGGUAGAUCUGGCCCGCCUUGGCUUUUAGGGGGUCUAGACACUCAUGGCACAUGGGGGUUAAACCUUGCUGCUGCAUCUGGUUGGGGUCACCAAAGUGACACCUUGACCAGCUUGACUUCGGGCAUUCAAACUGCCGGACCCAGCUCCAAGGGUGGGGCUGAUAUUCAACCAUUACAAGUUGAUGGGAGCAUAAGCUUUGAUGACAUAGGCGGGCUAUCGGAAUACAUCGAUGCCCUUAAGGAAAUGGUUUUCUUCCCCUUAUUGUAUCCGGACUUUUUUGCGAGUUACAACAUCACCCCUCCACGGGGUGUGCUGUUGUGUGGUCCCCCUGGCACAGGUAAAACACUGGUUGCCAGAGCAUUAGCUUCUGCUGCUUCAAAGGCUGGCCAGAAAGUCAACUUUUACAUGAGAAAAGGUGCUGACGUUCUCAGCAAAUGGGUCGGUGAGGCCGAAAGACAACUGAAGUUGUUGUUUGAAGAAGCUCAAAGGAACCAACCUUCCAUAAUUUUCUUUGAUGAGAUUGAUGGACUUGCCCCUGUGAGGUCUAGCAAACAAGAGCAGAUUCAUAAUUCCAUUGUGUCAACUUUGCUUGCCUUAAUGGAUGGUCUUGAUUCACGCGGGCAAGUAGUCUUGAUUGGAGCCACCAAUAGGGUCGACGCAAUUGAUGGUGCCCUUCGCCGUCCUGGAAGAUUUGACCGUGAGUUCAAUUUCUCCUUGCCUAGCCUUGAGGCACGAGCUGAAAUAUUAGAUAUUCACACGCGUAAGUGGAAACAGCCUCCUUCGAAGGAUCUUAAAAUGGAGUUGGCUGCAAGUUGUGUGGGAUAUUGUGGGGCCGACCUAAAGGCACUGUGCACGGAGGCUGCUAUUCGUGCUUUUCGUGAGAAGUAUCCUCAGAUUUACACUAGCGAUGACAAGUUUUUGAUAGAUGUUGACUCAGUUGAGGUUGAAAAGCAUCAUUUCAUGGAGGCCAUGGCAACGAUAACCCCUGCUGCUCACAGAGGAUCUAUAGUUCAUUCAAGACCAUUAUCACCGGUUGUUGCUCCUUGUUUACAAAGACAUCUCCGGAAAGCUAUGGACAUUAUUUCAGACAUUUUCCCUCUUUCAGUCUCUUCAGAGUUGACCAAACUUUCCAUGCUUUCUUAUGGCUCUGUGAUUCCUCUGGUGUACAGGCCUAGAAUUUUGAUAUGUGGUGGUGAAGGAACCGGGCUGGAUCAUAUAGGGCCUGCAGUUUUACACGAGUUGGAAAAGUUUCCUGUGCAUUCACUUGGACUUGCCUCUCUUCUUUCUGACCCUGGUGCCAAAACACCAGAGGAGGCAUUGGUCCACAUAUUUGGUGAAGCUAGAAGGACAACUCCAUCGAUACUUUAUUUACCUCAAUUUCAUCUCUGGUGGGAAAAUGCACAAGACCAGCUCAAGGCUGUUUUGCUUUCCCUGCUGGACGGACUGCCAUCUGACCUUCCUGUAUUAUUAUUUGGAACAUCCUCAGUGCCACUCUCUGAGUUAGAUGAAAAUUCUUCUUCAAUAUUUCACGAUCAUAAUAAUGUUUUGUGUGUAGACGCACCAACAGCUGAAGAUAGAUACUUGUUCUUUGAUCGGCUGACCCAAUCUGCUUUGUCGAUCCAAUUUGACACUGUUACGAAGAAGUCCAACAGAUCAGAUUCUCUUCCUGAGCUUCCAAAGGCUCCAAAAGUGGAUAUCAGGCCAAAGGCUUCUGAGUUAAAAUCCAAAGCUGAAGCUCAGGGACAUGCUCUUCGGCGAAUGCGUAUGUGCUUACGUGAUAUUUGUAACCGAAUCUUAUAUGAUAAACGUUUUAGUGCUUUCCAUUAUCCAGUAAUGGACGAGGAUGCACCAAACUAUCGUUCAAUCAUUCAGAACCCCAUGGACGUUGCAACUUUGCUGCAUCGUGUUGACAGUGGCAAGUAUAUCACGUGUAAGGCAUAUCUGGAGGAUUUUGAUCUUAUUCUGGCAAAUGCAAAGAAAUAUAAUGGCGAUGAUUACAAUGGGUCGAGGAUUGUAAGCAGAGCGUAUGAGCUGAGGGAUUCUGUGCAUUCCAUGCUUUCUCAGAUGGACCCCGCACUGGUUGCAUUAUGUGAGAAGAUUGCAGCAGAAGGAGGUCCGGUGUCGGUGCCAGAAGAAUUUAGUGAGAGCUCUGUUGUGCCACAAUCUCCUGUUCUUGUAACUGCCGUCACUAGGGCAAGUGCACGGUUAAGGAAUGUCCAGCCAGAAGUUAACCUAGAUCAGAGUUACGAAGCUUUGAAAAGGCCAAAGAAGCAUGCUGAUGUCACACACACAGAAGAGGGAUCACAGCCUCAAAAAUCAUUGGAACACAAGUCAUCAGAGGAACAACCUGAACCUGCUGCUGCUGGUGAACAGAACAUGCCGCCGGAAAACAUGGAUUCUGAUGCCCAACCCAACAACUCCGGCAGCUUCAGGAGACAAAAGGGUGACAUGUCAGGCGGAGAGAUUUCCAGCAAAGUCGAGUACAUCAAGAAAUGUUUCAUGAGGAGGACUAAAGAGUACGGCAUUCCCCAGCUCGAAAGACUGUACACUCGGCUCAUGAAAGGCGUUUUAGAAACAAAAAAUGAUGUAAAUGACGACAGGAAAGACCAAAAGUCUGCAGUUUUGAGCUUUUUGUUGACAUUUGCAGAUGAAACCUCCAAUUUUUUAAUGUGACACCAAAUUUUCCCUCACAGGUAAGAGUUACAGUACUAAAUUAGUUUAAACUCUGAUUUAUUUAGUUGUCAAAGAAAUUGCCCUUUUUUCUUUCUUAGCUGAGCCCUCACUGUAUCUGAUGGAUUCCACUAGGAAGAGAUCUUUUUUUAUGAUAUACAGUGUAUAUGCAGACUUACUAUUGAGAUAUGUAAAUGGACAUUCUUUGAAAGAAAAAAAAUUGAACAAUUGUAUACUAUUCUAAUUCUAAUGCUUUGAGAGAAUAUGAGGCAAAUAGAAAUAAAUACUACUCCUUCCGUCCACAAAUAAACUUUACGUUCACUA